CUGGGAGAUUGGGCAUCUCGAAUCAGCCCCUGAGCACUGUAUCCUUUGUGAACUGUUCAGUUGGAGAAAUAAAGCUAUUCCGAUUAUUCCUCUUCAUUCUCUGUCACUUUGCUCUUUGUUUUGGUACCAGAUCUCACGGAUCUAUCAUUGGUAUCAGAGCAUAGCUCUUGGGACUCGGAAGUGACGUGCGACUUCAGCAGAGCAAUCACGCCUGGUGAUCGGAUUUUUUUUGCGCGCGAAUCAAAACCCUGUCGCUCCAUUGGUGAAUGGUCAGAACGCGAGCAAAGAUGGAGCUGCGUAUGGAUGCGAUCGAGCGACGGUUAUCGGAGGUACAGUCGGAAUUCAAGGAAGAGUUGCGUUCAGCAAUAGAUGCGCUGUCAGCAAGCAUGUCGGCUUCAAUGGCCGCCAUGGGUGAACAGUUCAGAUCCAGAGCACGAUCGCGAUCGCCUCCGCAGCAUCGUGUGCGAUCUCCACCUCAACAUCAUGUGCGCUCAUCUAACAGCCCCACGACAUCUGGAGGUAAUCGAAAUCCCUCUCCGAAUCACUUCCGCGUCCAACAUCACAGGGAACCUGAGAAUUAUAAUCGGUUUACUAUUCAAACUGGUCGUAAAAUUGAUCUGCCUAUUUUUACUGGAGAUAGUGCUUAUAACUGGCUUGUAAGGAUGGAGAGGUAUUUCCGAGUAAAUCACAUUCAUGAAGAAGAACAGGUUGAAGCAGCUGUGGUCGCAAUGGAGGGAAGGGCAAUCAACUGGUUCAUUUGGUGGGAGCAUCAGACUGAGAGGAAGAACUGGGAGAGUUUGAAGGCAGCAGUUAUACGUAGGUUCCAACCGGAAUUGAUUCAAAAUCCCUAUGGGCCAAUGCUUAGCUUGAGGCAGACUGGUACUGUUCGGGACUACAGAGAUGAAUUUGAGAUGGUCAUAGCUCCGCAAAUUAAUAUUGAUAUGGAGAUGCUGAAAGGGAUCUUCCUGAAUGGCCUAAGGGCUGAAAUCAAAGCGGAUCUUAAGCUGCAUAGCUCCAGUACUUUGAAUGAGAUUAUGGACACAGCCAUUCUGAUUGAAGACAAAAACGAAGCUAUGUAUGGGAGGAGAAAUGAAGAAGACAGACUGACUUUGAAGGAGAAGGGACCUACUAUUGCAAAACCUCAGACAUGGGGGGAUGGAUUUAGAGCAAAAAUAGGGAGCUCUGGUUCCAACAAUAAUGGCAAAGGUGCAGCUGAAAGCAGGGAUUUCAAUUCAUGGUUUGAGAGAAUGGAGAAGAAGAUCACUGACAUGCAAUCUUCAGGGAUCAGAAAGGUAGCACCUCAGUUAUCUCACGAAGAACUUCAGGAAAGAAGCAGGAAGGGGCUGUGUUUUAAGUGCGGAGAGAAGUGGAAUAAAGAGCAUACCUGCAAGCUGAGGCACUAUAAGAUGAUGUUAGUAGAAGACUCGGAUGCUGAAGAAGAAACAGAUUCUGAAGAACCUGAAAUUCCAGUAGAAGAAGUGGUGUUGGAAUCAAAAUCCAUGCAAUUAUCUCGUAUGAGCAGAGAGAGGAUACCUACCCUGAGGGCCUUCACAGUUAAGGGGCUUUUAAAAGGGAAUCAGGGAGAAAGGCAGGUGGAUAUCCUUAUUGAUUGCGGGUCAACUCACAAUUUUGUUUCUCAGAAGCUGAUCACAGAAAUGCAAUUGCCUUUCCAGCAGUUAGGAGAAUUCCAGGUGGAACUAGGCAAUGGAGAACGUGUAAGGAACAAUGGAAGAUGUGAAAAGCUACAAAUUAAAGUGCAAGACGUGAUGAUUAAGCAAGACUUCUAUGUCUUGGAUCUCGGAGGAUCAAACUUAAUCCUGGGACUGGAAUGGUUGGCACAACUGGGAAGAGUGAAGUUUGACUUCCAGAAGUUGACUAUGGAAUGGAAAGAUGGAGAACACCGAAGGAGGUGGCUAGGGGAUGCUGUACAGAUACUGCCAGGGGGUGCGGAUGAUGAGCAUCAUAAAGGUAAACAUCCGUAUGAAACCAUAACAUCUGCUGUACCACAAUCAGCUAGACAUAAUCCUGAUAGAUAUAUGCCAGACACAGCCAGUGAUGUUAUUAAUGAGGCAGGGUUAAGAAAGUUGAUCAUGAAGCCUGAUUUGAAGGUUGACCAGUUUUUGGUUCUGGGUAUGGAAGGCUUUAAUGGGGUACUUUCUGCAAUUCGGGACGCCUCGAAUUCUGGACUGAAAUGGAUUGAAGAGUUCUCUCUUGGUAGCAAGGUUGAAGAAAUUGUCCCAGACUUGGUGCAUUGGCCGUUAGAUACUCUGAAAUCUGAGUGUAAUGGAGUUACACAUGGCCUGAGAUGGAGGUUGGGAGAUGGUACACAGAUGCAGUUGCUGGAAGUCUUUAACCUCAGCAACAUCAUGCAGCAGGAUGCAAAACAGUCCUUGUCUUUGCUCUCUCUUGCUAUGUUUUUUCUGGCAAUGGAAGGAGUGAAGUUGAAGGUCCAAAUCAGGAAGCUAGGGAAACAGAAAGCAGUAAAGUACUGGGAAGGGAGGGGCGCAAGAAUGAAGGUCAAUAUGAAGAUCAAGGCUGACUCCUAUCACCCACCUUGAGGACAAGGUGGUUGUUUAGGGGAGGAGUAGUGAUAGGAAUAAAUAAUGAUUGGGCCUAUUCUAUAAAUAAUUAGUGGGCCUAUUCUAUAAAGAGUAUAAUAGAAAGGAUAAGAAGUCUAUUAUUGUUAUUAGUUCCUUUUAUCCCUGCGUGGAGAAGGACUAUAAAUAGAAGAGUCAACUAAAAGAAGGGUAGGUUUUAUUUUGGAUUGGACUGUACUGGGAGAUUGGGCAUCUCGAAUCAGCCCCUGAGCACUGUAUCCUUUGUGAACUGUUCAGUUGGAGAAAUAAAGCUAUUCCGAUUAUUCCUCUUCAUUCUCUGUCACUUUGCUCUUUGUUUUGGUACCAGAUCUCACGGAUCUAUCACGCCACCCCCAUUCUAGAUCUAGAUCUGAAAACACAUAUUUACCUCUUCAAACCCCCACAAUAGGAAAGAAAUUGAAGAAUGAGAAGAAGAUGGGCGUGGGCAUGGAGAUGGCAACAGAAGGAGAAGAUCGGCGUGAUGGCAGGCACGUUCGAUGGAGAUAGGAGAUGGCCAACCAGGACAGGCGAUGGGUGACGGGCGACAGGCGAUGAAGACAGCCGUGGCAGCGGAAGAGAUGGAGGCUGUUGCGCAUCCGGAAGUGUUGUUCUUUGCUUAGUGCUCUCAGGGAUGGAUUUAGG